UUCGUUUCUCUGUUAUAUAAGAUUACUCAUAAAGACAAGUAUUUGGUGAGUUGCCCUUACUUCAAAUUGUGGUAGUGAGGAUUGAAAGUUUUCAGAGCUGUUAUGCUAGGUGAAGUUGCUGAGAGGAAAGGGAAAAGAAAAAAGGUGCACUGAAGAAUCAAUUUUCAUCUUUCCGGAAAUUUCCUAUACAAUUUACAAACUUGAUGGGCAACCUUCUUAUCAUAAUAUUGUUGAGCUGUGCUUCCACUUGGAUGAAUGCUGUAGAUUCUGUUGCAGGAUCACCUGCCGCUUUAACUGUUUCUCUGCUGCAAUGCCACUUGGCUGCCCAUUUUGCCCUCUCACAGCGGUCCUCAGGAUUGCCGUCCUUGACUGGAAGAUACAAUGCUUUCUAUGACGGCCAAUAAACAACAAUAUUAGAGUAUGAAUUCAAAAGUUAAAAAAUGUAUAUAAUAACAUCUAAUCAGACAAUUCAUUUCAGCUAAAGGCUACACCUCAAAUCUAAUCUUCAAUUGCAAUGGAACUCAUCAAAGUUCUCUGCAUUGCCCUUCUCACUUUUCAAUUUCUUUUCCCCUGCAAUGCAUCGACCCCAAAGAACUCAAACCUCUUUAGAGAAUACAUAGGAGCUGAAUUUAACAAUGUCAAAUUCAGCGAUGUUCCUAUUAACUCAAACGUUGAAUUCCACUUUAUUCUCUCUUUUGCCAUCGACUACAACACCUCAAACUCUCCGUCACCCACCAAUGGAAAAUUCAACGUCUUCUGGGACUCCGAUAAUCUUAGCCCUUCACAAGUUUCUUCCAUCAAAAGCCGGUAUUCAAAUGUCAAAGUUGCAGUGAGCCUUGGAGGAAACACCGUGGGUAAUCAAAACGCUUACUUCAACCCUUCCUCAGUGGACUCCUGGGUCUCCAAUGCUGUUUCUUCACUCACAAGCGUCAUCCAACAAUACAAUUUGGACGGCAUCGACAUUGACUAUGAACACUUCAAUGCUGAUCCUAAUACGUUUUCUGAAUGCAUUGGGUCCCUUAUAAAAACGCUCAAGAAUAAUGGGAUAAUCUCUUUUGCUUCAAUAGCUCCAUUCGACAACGACCAAAUUCAGAGCCAUUACAUGACCUUGUGGAAAAAUCAUGGUCACCUGAUAGAUUAUGUCAACUUCCAGUUUUAUGCUUAUGAUGAGGGAACCAAUGUUACUCAGUUUAUGAAUUACUUCAAGACGCAAAGCGCAAAUUAUGAUGGUGGUAAGGUCCUGGUAAGCUUUAUUAGUGAUGGAAGCAGGGGUCUAUCACCAAAUGAAGGGUUCUUUGAAGCCUGCAUUAUGCUAAGGAGUCAAAACGAACUCAAUGGUAUAUUUGUUUGGUCCGCAGAUGACUCUAAAGCAAAUGGUUUCCUCUAUGAGAAGCUAUCACAAGCACUUUUGGCAAUCUCUUAUUAGUAUUAGUGUUUAUAU